CUUGGGACUUAAGAUCAAGACUCGAGCAAUCCAGCAAAUCCCCUCUACACAAUAUAUUAUAUUAUACAUCCAUACCCACCAUCGCACAUCCUGAUCGGGUCAAAUCGUAGCGGAGAUCGGCUCAGCCCGAUAAGUGACCCAACCAGCGCAAGGCUUAAGCAGUGGGACCAGACCCAACCACCAACACACCAAUACUAUACCAGAUCCAGCUGCGAGGUAUUUGGAAUGCAAGAUCAAGAUGGUGGUAACUAUAAAACUUAUAUCCGAUUAUGUCAUAAACUUCUGAUCAUCAUUCACGUCAACGUAAUCCAGGUCGGAGAAUGGAAUGGAUAACUCUUGCCCUUUACUAUUUAACUCGUUCGGGGACUCAAUCACCGAUCAUACAAUCAAUCAGCAGCUACAGAAACUGUCUCUGUACUCUCCGACGUCUGAUUCAAUUGACUUGGGAUACCAUACGCUCGAUAACAAUCCAUGCAGGUCUUCGUCUUCGCCGUCAAUCAUCACUAAUGUUAAUCAACCUCGCGAGCUUAGGCAUCAUCACCAUCAUCAACAUCAGCAGCAGCAGCAGCAGCAGCACCACCAGCACAAGCAGCUCUACAAACGCAUUACAAACCCAACACUUUGCCAGCUGGACGACGCAAUUCUCCUGAAAAUAUUCAGCUGGCUGAGUACUCGCGAGCGAUGUACUCUGGCUCAGACAUGUCGCCGUCUGUGGGAGAUCGCGUGGCACCCGUCGCUCUGGAAGGAAGUGGAGAUACGGUAUCCCCAGAAUGCGACCACCGCAUUGAGAUCAAUCGCGAGACGAGGCUGUCACUCUGGUAUACGUCGACUGGUGGUUGAGGGAGCGACCGGGUUCUCUGGACUCUUUUCCAUGCUGCCGUUCGCCAGCUUGACGUCACUGGUGCUGCGUCACUCGAGACGGGUCACUGAUCCCAACGUCACGACCAUUCUGGACAACUGUGUCCAUCUGAAAGAGCUGGAUCUCACUGGAUGCGUGAAUGUCACUCGCGCGUACUCCCAUGUCGGCUCGACCCAACUGGAAUCUCUGGACCUGAGCGAUUGCCACGGAGUCGAUGACUCGGGGCUGGUGCUGACCCUGUCCCAGAUGCCUCAGCUGACGUUCCUUUAUCUGAGACGGUGCAUUCGCAUCACCGACGCCAGCUUGAUAUCGAUCGCCAGCUACUGCACGUGUCUCAGACAGCUCUCGGUGUCUGACUGCACCCGGAUAACCGAUUACGGGGUCAGAGAACUCGCUGCCCGACUCGGUCCCUCACUCAGAUACUUCUCUGUCGGAAAAUGUGAUCGUGUGUCGGACGCUGGGCUGCUGGUUGUCGCGAGACACUGCUACAAAUUGAGAUACUUGAAUGCGCGAGGCUGUGAAGCGCUCAGUGAUAUCGCGACCUGUGCCCUGGCACGCGGAUGUCCAAGAUUACGAGCACUGGACCUCGGCAAGUGUGAUAUAGGGGAUCCAACUCUGGAAGCUCUCUCUACAGGAUGCCCUAAUCUUAAAAAAUUAUCGUUAUGCGGCUGUGAGAGGGUCACGGACGCGGGUCUCGAAGCUCUCGCGUACUACGUCCGCGGGCUGAGACAACUCAACAUCGGGGAGUGCACCAGAGUCACUAAGCUCGGGUACCGCGCUGUCAAAAGCUACUGCAGGAGAUGCGUUAUCGAGCACACGAACCCCGGGUUCUCAAGCUGAUUUUCUUAGCCGCUUAAUUUUGCUAAUAUUUUUUUUUAUUUAUUAACAAUUUAUUAUUUGGGAUGUUUUCGGCUGUACAAUUUUUAAUUGCCUGCCUUAGCAAAAAUAUAUAUAUAUAUUUUAUAUAUUUAUUUAGAUUAAUUUUUUUAAUCGUUUUAAAUAACAUGGUAAUUUUAUUGAUUUAUCAGUUUUAAUAUUUAAUUAACAUUAGCGCGUAAAUAUAAAUUUUAUUGUAAUUAAUUUUUGUAUUGUUUUUAAUGUUAAUAAUUAUUAAAAAUAAAUUUAAUUUACAUUAGUA